AUGGCGGAUCACAACAUCAGACUCACGACCCUCUGUGCUUUCCUUGUCCUGUUCGUCCUCCUUCUGCAAUCUCACAUCGCAAUCUCUCAACAAGUCGCAGACAACAUGGAGUUCGGCUACGAGAAAGGGAGUGAGUUGGGGCCGGAGAACUGGGGGCGCAUCCACAAGGAGUGGGCGGCCUGCGGCCAAGGCCGGAUGCAGUCGCCGGUGGACCUCUCUGACGAUCGCGUCGAGGUUCUGCCCCUCCUGGGCUUCCUCCGCAGUUCCUACCGCCCUGUCACUACAGUGCUCAAAAACCGCGGCCACGACAUCAUGCUCCGGUUCGAAGGCAACGUUGGAGGUGUGCAGAUCGACGGAAUCGACUACGCUCUGAAGCAGCUGCACUGGCACUUGCCGACGGAGCACACCAUCAACGGACGCAGGUUCGAUAUGGAGCUCCACAUGGUUCAUCAGAGCGCCGACAACCGCAAUGCCGUCGUCGGCAUUCUCUACACCCUCGGCCCCAGUGAACCCUUCCUUGCCAAGAUGGAGAAAUACAUCGAUAUGGUCAAAGACAGAUAUGAAGUAGAGGAAGCGGUGGGCAUGGUGGAUCCAAGCGAGAUAGAGAUAGGGAGCAAUCAGUACUACAGAUACACGGGCUCUUUAACCACACCUCCCUGCACUGAAGGUGUAGUUUGGACCAUUAUCAAUGAGGUUAGAACAGUAUCAAGCGAACAAUUAAGACUUCUGAGCGAAGCUGUUCGCGAUGACGCGUCGAUGAAUGCAAGGCCAGUGCAGGAGAUCAACGAUAGGCGAAUAGGUUUAUUUCGUCCCGCAGAAACAAUAAAAUUGAUGAUUUGA